AUGGCUCUUGCGUUUUUACCUGUGUCGGAUGUCACUAAAGGUUAUUCAGCAAUUGCUGAUGAUUUUGAUGAAAAAGAUUAUGCCUUACUCGAUUAUUUCGAAAGGGCAUGGAUAGGACAAAAAAAGGGGAAGAGUAAACCGAAAUUCAGUUUACAUCUAUGGAAUACUUACGAGAGAGUCACACAAGACUUACCAAGGUCAAAUAACGCGAUUGAGGGAUGGCAAAAUGCCUUUAACAGUCGAGUAUCGAUCAAACAUCCUUCAGUCACCAAUCUUGCCAAAUGUAUUAUACGUGAACAAUCCCGAUUCGAGAUUGACAUUGAACGACUUCGUACAGGUGAACAGCCAAGGAAAAAGAAGAAAGUUUAUGCAGACCUCGAUGCUCGAUUGAAAAGAAUUGUCAUGUCUUACAACGUCGAUUAUAUCGAAGAAUAUUUAUACCAAAUCGCAGUGGACUUGAAACUCAAAAAUUGA